AUGGAUAGAAAUGCCAAGCGUCGCAAGCGCUAUGCCGAAAUGCCACAAGAAAAGAAGGAAGAUCUCUUGCGGUGCCGCAGGGAAGCUAAUGCUGCACGGAAAAAGAAUGUAACCCUUCCUCCUCCUUUUCCUGGAUCUGAAACUCGCCUCUUAAAGAGAAGGCGCGCAACUGGUGUUCAACAAACAGCUUCUACGACCGUAGGAACAGUCGUCUGUUCUGAUGCUUCGGCCAGCCAGUGUCCAGCUCCUGGACAAAGUGACUUUGUCGAGCAAGACAGAGUUGCUAUAGAUGCUCAUGGACUAACAUCUUUAGCCGAUUCUAUAUCAAGUACGCCAAACGCUUCUGAAAUAGCUAUUUCGUCUCUCUCUGGAUUGCCUGCUGUUCCAACGCAAGCUGCUAAUACAGGUAAACGUAAAAGGGUUACCAAAAGAAGUCUUCCUCGGCUGAACAAGAUUGCAGAAAAAGUUUUGCCCCUGCCUUAUGCUCCGCCCUGUCAAUAUUGUGGUGCUCAGCAAUUCCAUAUGGAGCCUCCUAACUUCUGCUGUUCCGAAGGAGGAGUCAGUCUUGUUAGCUCGUCAAUGCCUUAUGACCUUCGCCGCUUGUUUACUGGAGAGGAUGAGGAGUGUGAGCACUUUAGGAAAAAUGCUCGCACUUACAACAAUAACGUUGCUUUUACAUCAUUGGGUGCAAAGUAUGACAAGGAAUUAACUAAGAACAAAAAUGGCCUUUAUACAUUUCGCGUCCAAGGCCAGGUCUAUCAUUUCCUCGAAGGAUUACAGGCGCGCGAUGCUAAGGCUUCUGGUAUUCAGUUAUACUUCUUUGAUACCGAUGAAGAGCUUGCCAGAAGAGUUGAUGGAUCUCCUAAGUUAAGAGAAACUACUCUCAGGCUGCUUCUGAGUAUCCUUGCAGACAACCCUUAUGCCAAGUUCUUUAAAGAUCUACGCAGCGUGCCGAAUCUUGAUGAUCACAGGAUCAUUCUCAACUGCAAUGUGAGUCUGGAUCAGCGUGUAUAUAAUCUCCCAACCGCUUCACAGGUUGCAGCGAUAUGGACUGGAGAUGGUGAUGAAUCCACAAAUGCUUCCGCUCAUAUUCAGGUCUAUAGUCACUCAGAUACAAGCCAUAAGAUCAAGCAUUUUUACUCUUGCUAUGACUCUCUGCAGUAUCCUUUGUUGUUUCCUCGCGAGGAAUGUGGAUGGCAUCCUGGUAUCCAGCGAGUUCAAGAGCACAGCAAAAAACGCAGCUCGCGUACGUGUAAAGACCAAACCAUUGUUGACCCGACAUCUCUUGCCAAUGCUUCGCAGUUGAUUGACUCGGAAGAAAGAGCUGUUGAGAAUGGCAAGCGGCAAAAAAGCAAUGUCACUGCAAGGGAAUAUUACUGCUACAAACUACAAAUGCGGCCGAAUGAUGAUAGCAUGCUGUUGCAUACACUGAGACUGCUGCAACAGUACUCUGUUGACAUCUAUGUAAAAAUAGAAACAUCAAGACUUGUUUUCCACAGAAAGAAACAAAAUGAAAUCCAAACAGAGGCAUUAAAAGGUAUAAUGGAUAGUGUUUCAGCUGGUGAAACAUCAGGUUCCAGAGUUGGCCGAAGAGUUCUUUUGCCUGCCUCUUUUAUUGGUGGUCCACGAGAUAUGAGACAUCGGUACCUCGAUGCAAUGUCUUUGGUACAGAGAUAUGGUAAGCCUAGUAUCUUUUUAACUAUGACAUGCAAUCCAAUGUGGAGAGAAAUUCAGGACAAUCUGAUGUAUAAAGAAAAGGCGCAUGAUCGACCCGAUUUACUUUCCCGAGUAUUUAGAGCAAAGUUUGAGUUGCUAAAAGCUGAAAUCUUGAACAAAAAAAUUUUUGGAGACGUUGCGGCUUGUGUUUAUGUCAUCGAAUUUCAAAAACGGGGUUAUCCACAUGCUCAUAUGCUGCUGAUUUUAAAACACAGAUUUAAGCCACUGAAUCCUGAAGCUUAUGAUAGGAUCAAAUCAUUAUCCAAAAGAAUUCUGCCACAAACGUCGCAUGCUGAAGAUUGUUAUCCUUCUUAUCGUCGACGAAAUGAUGGCAAAAGGGUUAAGGUGAGGCGUUAUGAUUUGGAUAAUAGAUGGGUUGUACCCUAUAAUCCAUAUCUUCUUCCUUUAUUUGACUGUCACAUGAAUGUAGAGAUCUGCUCCACAAUUAAAUUAGUUAAGUAUCUCUACAAAUAUAUAUUCAAAGGGCAUGAUCUUGUUAACUUUCACAUUAUAGCUCAGAAUACCUCUGAUGAUGUUGAUGAGAUUCGAGAAUUCCAGCAGGGUAGAUGGGUUUCACCUCCAGAGGCUUUGUGGCGUAUCUAUGGCUUCCGCUUAAAUGAAAUGACUCCUGCUGUUUACACUCUUCAGGUGCACCUUCCUGAUCAGCAAUACGUCUCUUUUGAUAGAAAUGUUGAUCUUUUAAACCUUUUGAGCCAAAUAGAUUUGUCAAAGACUAUGUUAACAGAAUUUUUUGAAAUGAACAAGACUAAUAAAAAGGCUCAGGACUUAAAGUGCCUAUAUCGAGAUUUUCCUCAGUAUUUUGUCUGGGCGCCAGCAAAGAGAGCAUGGUCCGAGAGGAGCAGAAGAAAAGUUAUUGGCAGAUUGGUUACCGUUAGCCCGAGUGAAGGUGAUAGAUAUUAUCUACGAUUGCUAUUAUCGCAUGUUCGUUGUCCUACGUCUUUUGAUGAUUUAUUAGCUGUUGAUGGCCAAACGAUGAGCUCAUUUAGAGAGGCGGCAUUAAAGCUUGGCUUGUUAAAUUCUGAUUCGUACAUAGAGGAUACACUUGAAGAAGCCGCUGGCUUUCAAAUGCCUUCGUCCCUCAGGUUUCUCUUUGCCACUCUUUUGUUGUGUUGUUCUCCAGCCAAUCCGCACUUUCUUUGGGAAAAAUUUGAAGCUGAGAUGUCCAGAGAUUUUCUGCGAUCUCAUCCCUCUCAUGAGUAUUGUUCUGAUGAAAUCAAAAGAAAAGUAUUGUUGGAUAUUAAUAAGACGCUUGAGCAGAUGGGCCGACACAUUACUGAUUAUCAUUUACAUUCAGAUUGUUUUAGCCUUAACUGUCAAGACCGCGUAACCAAAGAGGUUGACAAUGAAAGGAAUAUCGAAGUUACGCCGGAAGAUUUACUUAUAUCUUCAAAGUUGAAUGCAGAGCAGAGGUAUGCAUAUGAUUUGAUUCUCCAGUCAGUUUUCUCUUCAGAGGGGAAGGCAUACUUUGUCGAUGGCCCCGGAGGGACCGGUAAAACAUUCUUAUAUCGUUCUCUCCUCGCUACCUUGAGAUCGCAGGGAUAUAUUGCAAUUGCUGUUGCGACUUCCGGUGUUGCAGCUUCCAUUCUACCUGGUGGAAGAACGGCACAUUCCAGGUUCAAAAUUCCACUGGACUGUUCAAGAAAUAGGACGUGCCAGCUAAGUAAGCAGUCCAGCACUAGCAAGCUAAUUGCUGAAUGUAAACUGCUUCUUUGGGACGAAGCUUCAAUGGCACGAAAAGAGACCAUCGAAGCUUUUGAUGAAUUGCUCAGAGAUAUAAUGGAAUCCAAUGAGCCUUUCGGAGGUAAAGUUGUUGUAUUUGGUGGUGAUUAUCGACAGACUUUGCCUGUUAUUCAAGGAGCCACCAGAGACCAGUUAGUUGGCUCCAGUCUUGUUAGUUCGACACUAUGGUCUAAAAUGCUACGGUUGAGAUUGACGGAAAACAUGCGCGCUCUCUCGGACCCUUCUUUCUCUCAAUUCUUACUGAGAGUUGGUGAAGGAUUGGAGCCUAUGGAUGAGGACAACCAGAUAUGUCUUCCAAGCAAUAUCGUGGUUCCAUUUGUUAAUGCAGAAACGUCUCUCAACAGGUUGCUACACUGUGUUUUUCCAGAUUUGAACGCCUGCUGGAAUGAUCCUUACAAAUUGAUCAAUAGAUGCAUUUUGACCCCCAAAAAUGCUUCUGUUGACGAUCUCAAUGAGGUGUUGAUCAACAGAUUCCCUGGACAGCUUCAUGUUUACACUAGCUCAGAUAGGACUUUGGAUCAGCGACAUCAGAGUGAUUACGAAGAUUUUUUAAAUUCUCAGAAUCCAAAGGGCUUGCCUCCACAUAAGCUUCUGCUAAAGGAGAACUGCCCGUUGAUUCUACUCAGAAAAUUAAAUCCUCUUGAAGGGCUGUGUAAUGGUACGAGACUUAUUUGUCGACAGCUGCUGCGACACACCAUUUGCGCCGAAAUUGCCUUUGGUCAGCACAGAGGGAAAACAAUUUUCAUACCAAAGAUCCCAUUGCAGACAUCAGAUACUGAAAAAAAUGGUAUCCCUUUCAUAAGAACACAGUUUCCAGUUCGUCUGUGUUUUGCAAUGACGAUCAACAAAGCUCAGGGUCAAACCUUAGACUAUGUCGGUAUCUACUUACGAGAACCAGUCUUUUCGCAUGGCCAGUUAUACGUUGCCCUGUCAAGAGCCAAGUCUGCUGCUGUAGUGAAAGUUCUAAUACUGCCUGGAACUUUUGAUGACGUGAAACUGGAUUGCAAGACAAGAAAUGUUGUCUUUACUGAAAUUUUAGAAUUGUCUGGCUGA